CUAUUCCCUUAGCUGGGAAUCCAAACACUCCUUUUUCUCUCUCUCUUAAGUCUUCAAAGUUUUAUACAGUUUCCAUGCACCCAUUCAUCUAACUAAUUUCCCACUCUUUCUUCUCUCUAGAAAAAUGCUUCCUCUCAAAUUUCUCCUUUUUCUCAAUUUCCUCCUCCUCAUUUCCCCUUCCUCGGCCCUCACCUCCGUCACCGUCCGCCGCCUCGAUGACACCACCACCCCCACCGACCCCAACGUCAAGUGCGCCCCAUGCGAACAAAAUCCCCCGUCUCCGCCGCCGCCGGUUGUGUACCCCUCACCACCGCCGCCGUCUCCUCCGCCACCCGAUGUCGUCCCCUACUACUCUCCCCCACCCCCCAAGAAGAAAGAGCCCAAAAGCCCCAACUGCCCUCCGCCGCCGUCUCCGUCGUUCAUGUACAUAACUGGACCUCCCGGCGACCUCUAUCCCAUCGACCAGGGUUACAACGCCGCCGGGCGGAGAUCCGCCGCAACCGUGGUUGGGGUUGUUCUGGCCGGGCUUCUGUUGGUCGUUUAGAAACGGUGGGAUCUCAAUAGAAUUUCUCGUAAGGUAAAACAAAUUUCCCCGUACGAGAAACUUUUUAAUUUGGGAUAUUAUUGUUUUAGAAUUUUUAUGGUUCAUCAUCAUAAUUUUCUUGUCCAAUAAUUUUGUAAUUUGUACCAAAUAUUUAAUUUGUCCAGAAAUUUGUGAUAAGAAAAAGAAGAGAAGAUAUCUGUGUUUUUGUUUAGCAAUUUAUUUUCCUCUCCUUUUUCAAUGAAAAUAUGGAAAAUUAGGCCAAAAUUAUUCAGUGCGAUCA